AUGAGUAGAAAACGUCGACAGGUCGUAGAAGAGAUAGAAGAUGUGUCAGUUGAACCGGCAGCUAAAAGGGCGGCGAAAAAUGAAAUGAAUAUGGAAGAUUACGACAAAUUCCUGAUAGAAAAGAAAGCCGGUCGCUUCAAACGCACUGGCAAAUGGGGUGGAAUGUAUAAAAGCGUCGCGCAUGAAUGUUGUGACGCGGAAUGUGAACGUAAAUGGGCACCGAAACCUGUACAGUGUUUAACAGACGAUUACUAUUGUCCAUCGUGUGUACUUCAUCAUCGAAAUAACAUGAAUCGUUUUGGCGAAGAAAGAUUAAAGUGGACAGCGAAUGUUCCGAAUACAUUCUACGUGUUUUCCAUCAUCGAUCCGGGAACAAACGCGAAGGGUCAAAAAAAUCAAUCUCUGAUUAAAUUUGGUCGAACGCAGAACGAAGAUGCUGUGAAACGAUAUCCAACAGCAGAAUUGAAAAACUAUCAAAUGAAAUUGUUGUUGAGUUUACGGGGGAAAUUAAUUACAAUGACGAGAAUUGAAAAUUGGUGGAAAGAACAAGCGGAAAAGAAUAAAUGGUUUAUGAGAUUUAGUAAUAAUGCUUUUCAUGGACAGACAGAAUGUGUUCAAGUCGAUGACAACACUCUAGCAGAGCUAAUAGCCAAGUCAAAAGAAAUGGCGAAUGUUCAAGAAGAAACGGAUUGA